AUGUGCCGCACCGUAGCCACCUUGUUCACGCCCCCGACAGAUCUACUAGCAGUCCUGCCACCGUCUGAGCUGUGUUUCAGCUUUCCAGCCAGCAAGGCGGCCGCGAUUGAAGCCCCGACCAAGCAGGAAGCUGUUCAACGGACGAGUCUCAAGUUCGUGUUGAGCGCCGAGGGCAUUCGCUUCACGGACUUGGCGUUCGUCGAAGAGGUCACCAAGCGAGUCGCGGAACUGAAGAGAUCGGCUGCAGCUGCCGAAUCGAAGAGCAACAACACGCUCCUGGCGCAGAGGACGCUCAAGUUCAGAAGAAUUGAGUAG